AUGUUACAGUUCUUGCAGACGACAGAUUGGAAGCGAAAAAGAAUUCAAAGCGGGAGAAAGUUCAAGAUCUAUCUAUCUAUCUAUCUAUCUAUCUAUCUAUCUAUCUAUCUAUCUAUCUCAUGGUGUAAAAUCCAUGCAUCUAUCCACCCAUCCUAUCUAUCUAUCUAUCUAUCACAGCCUGCUAUCUAUCUAUCUAUCUAUCUAUCUAUCUAUCUAUCUAUCUAUCUAUCUAUCUAUCACAGCCUGCUAUCUAUCUAUCUAUCCAUCUAUCUAUCUAUCUAUCUAUCUAUCUAUCUAUCACAGCCUAUCUAUCUAUCUAUCUAUCUAUCUAUCUAUCCAUCUAUCUAUCUAUCUAUCUAUCUAUCUAUUUGUCCGAUGGGUUCUAUAAUAUAUAAAAGUGUAAGAACUAUCUAUCCUUCUAUCUACCUGUUGGUCCCCAUGAAAGAAAAAAAGUGUAAGUUUCUUCCAUCUAUCUCGCUGUUUGUCUGUCUGUCUGUCUGUCUGUCUAUCGAUCUAUCUAUCUCUGCUAAUAUGAAUCAUUCUACUCAUAUCUAUCUAUCUAUCUAUCUAUCUAUCUAUCUAUCUAUCUAA